UCAACUGGUUCAAGAUAGAGAAUUGGCCAGAGGCCCCAAGCUAAUUUGACCUCGAGAUCUAUCUAAAUCAUGUUGAACUUUAUCUUCCAGAUCAUUACACACAGGUUCUUCACUGCCAGCAUGAGUGCAUCCGAGACUUGGCCACACGCCCCGGUCGCCUGUCGCCCAUGGAAAACUAUCUGCCACUGCAUUACGACUACCUGCAAUUUGCCUAUUUCCAAGGUGGAAGGAAUGAGAAGGCGUUGGAGUGCGCAUUGACCUACCUGUUGUUCCACGAAGGCGAAGAGUUCAUGACUGAGAAUGUGGAGCAUUACAGGGAAGUGCUGGGACAUGAUGGCCAGCCUCGCAAGGAAGCUGAACAGUAUCUAAAGCGGCACAAACAGGAGUUAGACCUGCUGCUCAUCGGCAGCAGUAGUCUUGGAGUGCCCUAUAUUGAAGCAAACUACUGGAGCAGUUCGGGUGGCAGAGAAGAUGCUAACAGGAUUCCUUCUGGUACCAAUGGCUGGAUGGACUAUGUGCCAAUAUCAGCAAAGAGAAAUGUCACAAUGUCUGUGUUACAAGAGUUGCGGGAAGGAGGUCCAUUGCUGUAUGAGAAUGUACGACUUGUACAGAACUCUGUCACUCUGAAUGGGAGUCAGAGGGCACUUUUUGAUUAUGUCAUCAGUGAGGAUGAGUGCUCUGAGCUCAAACAUCUGGCACACAGUGUCACUGCAGCUGGUGACGGCUACAAGGGGAAAAUGUCUCCUCACACACCAAAUGAGAAAUUCGAAGGGGCGACAGUAUUGAAAACGUUGAAGUAUGGCUAUGAGGGACGUGUUCCUUUAAAAAGUGCCCGCCUCUUUUAUGAUGUCAGCGAGAAGGCCAGGCGGAUACUUGAGUCAUACUUCAUGCUAAACUCUACUCUUCAUUUCUCAUACACACAUCUUGUGUGUAGGACCGCCAUAUCUGGUCAGCAGGACCACAGAAAUGACCUCAGUCACCCAAUACAUGCAGACAACUGUCUUCUGGACCCAGAAGCGAAUGAGUGCUGGAAAGAGCCGCCUGCUUACACCUACCGAGACUACAGUGCACUGCUGUAUCUGAACGGCAAUUUUGACGGUGGAGAAUUCAUCUUUACAGAAAUGGAUGCCAAGACUGUCACCGCCUCAGUGAAGCCCAGGUGCGGGCGAAUGGUGGGGUUCUCUUCUGGCGGUGAGAAUCCACACGGUGUGCGAGCGGUCACUAGGGGGCAGCGGUGUGCUGUGGCGCUCUGGUUCACUUUAGACCCCCUCUACAGGGAGCUGGAGAGGCUUCAAGCUGAUGAGGUGAUUCAAGCCCUGGAUAAUCAGCACAUGUGGGACCAAGGGCUGCAUAUAAACCCAAAAGACGAGUUAUAGUCCAUCAGCCAAUGGGAGAGAAAGUACAGGGUUCAGAUCAUUUCUUAUUUAUUUAAUAAGCAGAAUGAUUUUAUUUUUUUACUGUGUGAAAUUUUGUUUUAU